UCCGCUCAUUGUACGGGGUUCGUGGCUUGAACUAGCUGCUUGCAGCCUCGGGCCAGUCUCAGCGGAGACGGGACGUGGUGCCAAUCAACCACCUGCAGAAUCGUGCAUGCACACUUACAUUGCUCUCAACGCCUUCAUCCCAGCCAGCACAAAGUCGACAGAGUUUAUGGUUUCUCGCGUGUUUGCAUGGCUGCGAGACUUUGAUAUAACCACCCCUCAACCCGUUAAGAUCGGUGAGAUGUCUCUCAAGCGACCUCAGAGGAUACCCACGCCGCAAUCCUGCUCUAGAAUGACAUACGGUCUGGCCUCUUGUAGUAGCAGUACCAGGGUCUCGGUCCAUCCCGUGUUUGCUCCAGUGGAUGAGCUGAUUGCACAAACGGGGUCAGCGAUAGGCGAUAGGAGCAACAUGCAGCUCAAUCUCGGCAGUGUCUACCUCUCCGUAGCAUACCAUGCAUGGCAUUGGGCCUGAAAUUGUUUCUCCCCCAACCUCUCUCUCACUCUCACGACCGUGAUUACCUUGUCAGCGCAUUAUGGCUCUGUUUUUAUAUCUUCUCCUUGGUGCCGAGGUCACAACCUGGCUCACUGUCAUCUUGCCCACUGCGUUUGUUGUAUAUUGGGGACUGUGGGUUGUCUACGCACGCACUCUGCACCCGCUCGCCAAAAUAC